AUGGUUAAGAUUAAGGUAAUAUCGAGAUCGGUUGAUGAAUACACUCGAGAAAGAAGUCAGGAUCUUCAGCGGGUCUUUCACAACUUCGACCCAAGUCUCCGGCCGAUGGAGAAGGCGGUGGAAUACCAGAGGGCUCUUACAUCUGCCAAAUUAGAGAAGAUAUUCGCAAGGCCGUUUGUAGGCGCCAUGGAUGGUCAUCGCGAUGGAAUCUCAUGUAUGGCGAAGAACCCAAAUUACUUGAAAGGAAUCUUCUCUGCUUCUAUGGAUGGAGAUAUUCGCCUUUGGGAUAUCGCUACGAGGAGAACAGUUUGCCAGUUUCCUGGUCAUCGAGGGUCCGUGCGUGGUCUUACAGUGUCAACUGAUGGCAAUGUGUUGGUUUCUUGCGGGACUGAUAGCACUGUUCGUCUGUGGAAUGUUCCUCGUCCUUCGCUUGAAGAUUCAGACACGUCAUCUGAAAAAUCUAUUGAGCCAUCUGCGGUAUAUGUCGGGAAGAAUGCGUUCUGGGCUGUUGAUCAUCAGUUUGAAAGGGACCUUUUUGCAACGACCGGAGCUCAACUGGAUAUAUGGAAUCAUAAUAGGUCUCAGCCAGUUCAGAGCUACCAGUGGGGGACUGACACUGUAAUAUCUGUCCGGUUUAAUCCUGGAGAGCCUGAUAUAUUGGCGGCAUCUGCUGGCGAUCGCAGCAUUACCAUUUAUGAUCUCCGCAUGUCUAUUCCAGCAAGGAAAAUUAUCAUGAUGACAAAAACGAAUUCAAUCGCAUGGAAUCCUAUGGAGCCUAUGAACCUGACAGCUGCUAAUGAAGAUGGCAACUGCUAUAGCUUUGAUGGUAGAAAGAUGGACGAAGCCAAGUGUGUGCAUAAAGAUCAUGUUUCUGCAGUGAUGGAUAUUGAUUUUUCACCAACUGGUCGUGAAUUUGUUACGGGUUCUUAUGAUCGAUCCGUGAGAAUCUUCCCAUACAACGGAGGACACAGCAGGGAAAUCUACCAUACAAAGAGGAUGCAGAGAGUAUUCUGCGUCAAGUACAGCUGUGAUGCAACCUACGUACUAUCAGGCAGUGAUGACACUAAUAUCAGGCUAUGGAAGGCCAAAGCAUCAGAGCAACUGGGAGUUAUUCUGCCAAGGGAACAGAGGAAGCAUGAGUACAACGAGGCUGUGAAGAAUCGGUACAAGCAUCUUCCUGAGAUCAAGCGAAUUGUCAGACACAGACACUUGCCGAAACCUAUACACAAAGCAACAUUAGAAAGCCGAGCAAUGAACGAUGCGAAGAGGAAGAAAGAUGCGAAGAGGAAAGCUCACAGUGCUCCAGGAUCAGUUGUCACUGUACCUCUGCGCAAAAGAAGGAUCAUCAAAGAAGUGGAGUGA